UUUGGUGGGAAAACUGUAUAUGGCAUCCGUGUUUAUAAGAUGAAAAGCUUGUUUUCCCAGAUCACGUGAAUAUGACGUCAAAUGAACAGAACUUCUAACGUGUGAUAUCUUGUCGUGUACAAGACAAGACACGAUGGAAUAUAUAAAGGGUAUUCCUGUUGACCAUGCCCUUUAACAUAUUAUAAUUUCCGUUGUGUGGAUUGGUUGUCCUCUGGUAGAGAAGGAAGAUAAAUUCGGAUCGAAUGGGUUCUCGGUCAGGAAACGGUAGGAGGCAUGUUUUGGAUAAUCUCAGUAUGUCAAAAGAGACUUCGCACAUUCUGAACGGUGGCUGGCUAUCUUUUGUGCUUACUAACAGUGAUCAAGAUACAAUGAAAGAGACCGAAGAUUGUUAUCACCAUAAUAGCGCAUCCAUCAGUUUGGAUAAGGAUCGCAUCAUUAGUUUGUCGUCCUCCAGAGAAACGUGUCUCAGUUCUUACAGCAGAAAGCCGCUUCCUAAAAACGCUAAGACACAACAGUUUAUUAUGAUGAGUUCUAUGUAUGCCCAACUUUUGGUAGUCAUUUGUGUGGUAUUUUUUACAUCGGAAAUCGUAACUCCUCAUGUACCUUUAUUUUACUUUGAGGGAUUUUAUAUGUUUCUUUAUUCCGUGAGUUUGUUGUUUUUGUUCUACGUGUAUAUUUAUCUACUGAGAGAUCCGCAUAUAGGCCUACCGAGUACACACAUGAAAUCUAGCAAACUUAGUAUUUUGGAUAGUUUGAAGAAAAUAACCGAAAAAUCACCGAAAUUAGAAGUAGGAGAUGGUCCAAUUCCACCUCGGUUAAAAAAACAUCGAGUUUCAGAAAAUGACCGGAGUCACGGCAGCCUUUUUCUUAGAAUCGGUGCCAUUGCAUUCGGCUUGGGUACAAUGGUCUAUAAUGGCUUGGAAUUUGGAUCUUUUUUCGAGUAUCCAUCUACGUCUCCUUGUUACAGCAUCCUAUUAGGAAUUAAUCCAAUUUUACAGAUGAUGUUUACCUUCGCUCAGAUGUACUUCAUUUUCGUUAAUGCACGGUUAAACAUCCACAAAUUUAAAGUUUUGGCUAGGUUUGGUCUCAUGCAUGUAGUAGCUACCAACAUCUGCGUUUGGAUUAGAACGUUAGGCAAGGAAACUCUGCAAGAAAUAGCUGAUCAUCAAUUAAAAACUGGAAAAGGUAGCAGUUUAGAAGAGCUUAUUCUUCCUUUUAGAGAGAAUUAUACUGGCAAUCGAAGUAAUCCAUGCCUGAAGCAUGAUAUUAUGGGAUCAAUAGUUUCUGAUUCGUCUCCAUUUCUUUAUCCAUUUAUUGUAGAAUAUAGCCUGAUAGGAGCGGCUGUUCUUUACGUAAUGUGGAAAAAUAUCGGCAAAGAUCCAAUUUUUCAAGUAGAAGCAAAUAGCGAAGACGGAAUAUCUAGGACUUCUAGCUCUCAAUCAGUACGUUCAGUUAAUUGUGCAGGAUCCAGUAAAGGGCUCUUCUUCGGGUUGUUGAUGUUGGUUGCAGCUACCAUUUGUUUGAUUGUCUUCUUUGUCCUAAUUCAGCAUAAUAAGUAUAAUUUACUCGCAAUCUAUCUAUCAGAUUUAUCUCACGGAGCAAUUAUGAUCUUGACUAUUUUUGCAAUUAUUAUCGGUUUCUACAGAGUCCGGUCUCUGCGUUUUCAAUCUGAUCGCCACGAUCAUCUAAGAGAAAUUUUACUAAGAAUAGCAGCUUUUGGUCUAUACAUGUAUGCUAUGUUUAGUAUAAUUGCUGGUUCUCUGUCUGCUAUGGAUCACACUCCUAAUCUUCUAGUUAUGGUCACUAGUGGAUUGACUAUAAUUCAAGUAACUUUACAAUCAUUGUUUAUUGCUGAAGUCACAUGCCGUACUACAUAUUUACCCGAACAUGAUCAAACCAAACCUGGAAGACAAGUAGUAACAUUUUUAUUAAUGGGUAACAUGACUUUGUGGAUAAUAUACACUUUUGAGAUGCAAAAAGUAGAAGCCAGCCCAGUACAAUUAGGUUUUUACGGAUUUUUAGCAUGGUCAAUUAUAAUCCGCGCAACACUUCCUUUAAGCAUUCUCUAUCGGUUUCAUUCUUCCAUAACGUUUGCGGAGAUAUGGAAGAAUUCUUAUAAAGCUGUUGCUUCAUGGACACAACAGUUUAUUAUGAUGAGUUCUAUGUAUGCCCAACUUUUGGUAGUCAUUUGUGUGGUAUUUUUUACAUCGGAAAUCGUAACUCCUCAUGUACCUUUAUUUUACUUUGAGGGAUUUUAUAUGUUUCUUUAUUCCGUUAAUCAGUCGUUUAUACAUGAUAUUGAAAUGGAAAUUUUAUAUUUUAGGACACAACAGUUUAUUAUGAUGAGUUCUAUGUAUGCCCAACUUUUGGUAGUCAUUUGUGUGGUAUUUUUUACAUCGGAAAUCGUAACUCCUCAUGUACCUUUAUUUUACUUUGAGGGAUUUUAUAUGUUUCUUUAUUCCGUGAGUUUGUUGUUUUUGUUCUACGUGUAUAUUUAUCUACUGAGAGAUCCGCAUAUAGGCCUACCGAGUACACACAUGAAAUCUAGCAAACUUAGUAUUUUGGAUAGUUUGAAGAAAAUAACCGAAAAAUCACCGAAAUUAGAAGUAGGAGAUGGUCCAAUUCCACCUCGGUUAAAAAAACAUCGAGUUUCAGAAAAUGACCGGAGUCACGGCAGCCUUUUUCUUAGAAUCGGUGCCAUUGCAUUCGGCUUGGGUACAAUGGUCUAUAAUGGCUUGGAAUUUGGAUCUUUUUUCGAGUAUCCAUCUACGUCUCCUUGUUACAGCAUCCUAUUAGGAAUUAAUCCAAUUUUACAGAUGAUGUUUACCUUCGCUCAGAUGUACUUCAUUUUCGUUAAUGCACGGUUAAACAUCCACAAAUUUAAAGUUUUGGCUAGGUUUGGUCUCAUGCAUGUAGUAGCUACCAACAUCUGCGUUUGGAUUAGAACGUUAGGCAAGGAAACUCUGCAAGAAAUAGCUGAUCAUCAAUUAAAAACUGGAAAAGGUAGCAGUUUAGAAGAGCUUAUUCUUCCUUUUAGAGAGAAUUAUACUGGCAAUCGAAGUAAUCCAUGCCUGAAGCAUGAUAUUAUGGGAUCAAUAGUUUCUGAUUCGUCUCCAUUUCUUUAUCCAUUUAUUGUAGAAUAUAGCCUGAUAGGAGCGGCUGUUCUUUACGUAAUGUGGAAAAAUAUCGGCAAAGAUCCAAUUUUUCAAGUAGAAGCAAAUAGCGAAGACGGAAUAUCUAGGACUUCUAGCUCUCAAUCAGUACGUUCAGUUAAUUGUGCAGGAUCCAGUAAAGGGCUCUUCUUCGGGUUGUUGAUGUUGGUUGCAGCUACCAUUUGUUUGAUUGUCUUCUUUGUCCUAAUUCAGCAUAAUAAGUAUAAUUUACUCGCAAUCUAUCUAUCAGAUUUAUCUCACGGAGCAAUUAUGAUCUUGACUAUUUUUGCAAUUAUUAUCGGUUUCUACAGAGUCCGGUCUCUGCGUUUUCAAUCUGAUCGCCACGAUCAUCUAAGAGAAAUUUUACUAAGAAUAGCAGCUUUUGGUCUAUACAUGUAUGCUAUGUUUAGUAUAAUUGCUGGUUCUCUGUCUGCUAUGGAUCACACUCCUAAUCUUCUAGUUAUGGUCACUAGUGGAUUGACUAUAAUUCAAGUAACUUUACAAUCAUUGUUUAUUGCUGAAGUCACAUGCCGUACUACAUAUUUACCCGAACAUGAUCAAACCAAACCUGGAAGACAAGUAGUAACAUUUUUAUUAAUGGGUAACAUGACUUUGUGGAUAAUAUACACUUUUGAGAUGCAAAAAGUAGAAGCCAGCCCAGUACAAUUAGGUUUUUACGGAUUUUUAGCAUGGUCAAUUAUAAUCCGCGCAACACUUCCUUUAAGCAUUCUCUAUCGGUUUCAUUCUUCCAUAACGUUUGCGGAGAUAUGGAAGAAUUCUUAUAAAGCUGUUGCUUCAUGAUCGAUCAGUUCCUGUUUUAUAAUUUUUUAUCUUU